UUUCAACCAAAGAAAUUUCUUCCAUUACACUAGCAAGUCAAAAUCCAAUAUACAUUGAGUUUGAUUUGAUUUGAAUAUCAGAUUUUUCGUAUCCAAACCAAAAUCUAAACACCCCUAUUUUGACCUAUGUCCAAAUAGCUAGCAAGAGAGAUUCUUGACACAUGCUUACUUGUCAAUUCUCAUCACCUUCCUAUACAUUCUUGAUUCUUCAACACCCCCCACCCCCUAUUUCUUCCCUUAUAUCCUCUCACUUCACACUUUGUUUUUUUCUCAACCAAAUACAACUUCUUUUCCCAUACCCUUCUCCUCAGUUCUCCCUUUCAUCAAAUUCCCACCUCAAGUUUCAUUAUAUAUAUUAUAAAUACAUAGAAACAAAUGGGGUUGAGUAGCAAACAAGUUUCUGGUGAUCAUAUUGAGCUCAACUGGACUCAAAACAUGCUAACAUCAGACACCAUACAGUCUUCAUCAAACCCUCGUUCAACAACAUUGAAAAGAUCGCUACCAACACAACAAUCCGAUCUUGUAAAGUGUCCACGAUGUGAUUCAACAAACACAAAGUUUUGUUACUACAAUAACUACAACAAAACGCAGCCAAGACAUUUUUGUAAAGCUUGCAAGAGGCAUUGGACCAAAGGUGGCACUCUUCGUAAUGUCCCCGUUGGUGGUGGUCGGAAAAACAAGCGGAGCAAACGACCUAACACCACCACAACUGCCGCCACAACCACUGUGGAUCACAGUUUAGGAUUUAAUGGUCACAAAUACAUGUUCCCAGAUGAUAAAGGCUUGUUCUUUAAACCAAAUGACAGCGAAUUCGAUCAAGUUUCUUGGGAUUUUAAUGGCGGAUUCACCAGUUCCACCACCAGUAUGCAACCAACUCCGCGUCAAAGUUUAGGGUUUUCGAUGCUGUCAAACAUGACCUCCAUGGAUACAACCUCUAUUCCGAUCAUUCCAACUUCUUUUUCGCCAUUGUUAUCUGGUUUUAAAGACGAUUCAACCCUCACCACAGCAAGAACGAUGGUGCAAAAUUCUGCAACAGUUUCGCAGCCAUGGAUGCAGGCUCCAACCACCAGCAAUUUCUUGGAAUCAAAUUACUGGAACUGGAAUGACAUUGAUUCAAUUGUUGAUGAAUCUGAUCUUAACAAGCCCUUUGAAGAUCCACAAGUUUGACAGUAAAUGGAGGUGAGAUUGAGAUUAAAAUUAACCAAAUUAAUUUAGACGAUUUUGUUUCAGGGUUUUUGUAAGUAAUUAAUGGGCCGGUGUGUGGAUGUAUAGUUGUAUACUGUUCUUGAAGCUGUGGUUUCUUUUAGUAUUGAUCAGCUUCAUUGGUUUAAUUAUGGGUUUUUGUUGGUUAAUUCAUCAACUAUAUAUGAAAUAUUUUCUUUUACCAUUGUAUUCA